AAGCAACGUGACUGUAGUACACUGUUAUGCGACAAAAGUUUGCUAGUGGACGCUACUCGCUGUCUUGGCUUAUGUGAACAGGUUUUCCAUUUUUAAAAGCUCUUCUCCGAAAGUGGCCUUUGCAAUUUUCCCCUUGUUUCCUCUUUUGCCUGCGUGUCUCCCGGUCUUUCCCUCUUAGUGGAAAUUCCUCACCUCACCAAGUCACCAUUUUUAAUUUUUUGUUUGGGUGGUCACCGACUACUGCUAGUUUGACAACUACCUGCUAGGCAAUAGGUACUUAAUAAAAGCUCAUGAAGAAGCCAUUUUUGUUGCUUUUGUUGAAGGGUAUUUCAGUUUUUCAGCAAUCAUGGUCUUUUCUUCUUGCAUCUCCCAUCCUCUAGUCUCACUAAAGAUUAGCCACUUUGAGCAGCCUAGUAAUCUUCGUCAUAAUGUGAAACCGGACCAAAGAUUCACUUCUGCUCUCAAAAGCAGGACUACUGAACACUUUGGUCAGCGAGCAGGAAUUGGAUCUGGCAUACUUGGUGAAUGGAGUUUUGCUAGAGGAACAAGACUUGUUAUUAGGCAAAAAGUUUCAACAUUUGUUCAUUGUAGAAAAAGCUUUGAAGUACAAGCUUCAUGGUUGACAACUUCUCAAAUUGCUAGCAGCGUAUUUACCUUGGGAACAGCAGCAGUUCUUCCGUUCUAUACGCUCAUGGUUUUUGCUCCUAAAGCUGAAUUGACUAAAAAGUCUAUGGAAAGUAGCAUCCCGUAUGUUGUGCUCGGACUUAUGUAUGCAUAUCUGCUGUAUCUCUCCUGGACACCUGAUACAUUAAGGCUGAUGUUUGCUAGUAAAUACUGGCUGCCAGAGCUAUCUGGUAUGGCCAAAAUGUUCUCUAGCGAGAUGACGUUAGCUUCUGCCUGGAUUCAUUUAUUAGCUGUAGAUCUCUUUGCCGCAAGGCAGGUUUUUCAUGACGGACUGCAAAACCAAGUUGAGACUAGGCAUUCAGUUUCUCUUUGCCUGCUCUUUUGCCCCAUUGGGAUUGUUACUCAUGUUGUUACCAAAGCACUUACAAGAAGUGCUGGAAAUAACACACAUAGAAUGCAUUGAGGUUCCCUGAUGCAGUAACAUUCCAAAAUGAAUCUGUUUGUUUGAACAAAUUGUAUUAUUCCUAAUUUGAUUGGAAUAUUAUUGAAAACAUCAAUUUCUUUACAA